AAAAUUCGAUUUUACUCCAAUCUUAUUGUUCUUUAAAGUCUUUCAAUUGUUUUCGUUCAUUAUUUUGAUUGUUACUUUAACUUUGCUCUAUUUUUUAAUUGUGUCUUUCAUCAGAUUCUAAUUGGUGUUAAAGGUUCACUGUGACAAUGGAUUCAAGUGGUAAUAAUUUUGGAUCAAAAAUGAGUGAAAGUGAAGUGACUGAUUCUGGUGUUGAUGUUGGUGAUUUGGAGUCUAUUGAAGAGGAAAGUAGCGAUCAUGCUGAUUUCAAUUGUAGAAGUUUUAAACGGAGAGUUUUUUGUUCGGGUGAUAGCUACGAAAACCUUAAAAAAGAGGAUUUACUCUUUUUUGAGAGACUAGAGCGUGAAAAAGAUUUAAAACGAGUCAAGAAUAAAUACCUGACCGACUUGUCGGACUUUGGUGAGAAAAUUCAAUCUCAUCACUUGGCGAUGAAGAGAAAAAGUGAAGUGAAAAAUGAACUUUACAACUCAAUUGAUAAAAUAAUCGCCGGUUUAAAGUCUCAAAUAGAUUCCUGUAGUGAUAUCACGUCUUUAACUUUGACUAUAAAUGAAAAUUUGUCAACCAUUGUCGAAACUGAAUCGUCUCAUUAUAACGAGUGUAUCAACUUCUUUGGUGCGUUUGCCAAUAGAGGAAUCGAUGUCUAUGGAUAUUCUGAUAAGUCCAAUUUGGUGGAAAAAGUUAAUAUGAAUAGUCAGAGAAGUACUGCCGAUAUCGCCACGGAUUGUGUGAAGGUUCUCAACUUUCUCAAAGAAAACGGUCCAUAUGAUGCAUAUGAAGAUGAAAUUACAUCACUACGAAUGUCACUCAUAGAGUUACAUGAGCAAUUCGAGGAGUUGAGAGUGAUAAACGAAAUGGAAGAACAAGAAAUUGAAAAACUGGACAAAGACUUAACGGUUCGAGCUGAAAAGAAAAAACUUCAAGAGCAACAAGAAGCUGAAGCAAAGAAAGCAGCCAUAGAAGCUUAUGAGGCAGCACGGGAGAAAUUGGUCGUCAUGAUUUGCUCGAAUACAGAAAAGCAAAAACAAUAUGCUGCCAUUGGUGAAAAAAUCGACUUCAUGAGGGUGAAAAUAAAGGAAUUACCAGAAUGCGAACAAAAACUGGAUACUCUUCAUGUAGAAAUUACUGAAAAAGACUCAGCUCUAACGUCGUUAAAAGCCAAAAAUGAGGAAACUAAAGCAAAAAUAAGUGCAGAGAAAGAAAAUAUCGAAGCUUUGAAAAAGAAAGCUGAGAUCAUGGACAAAGAAAAUGCUGAAAAGGUUCAGAACUUGGAAAGUAAAGUCAAUAAUAUGGAAAGUGAACUUCAUGAUAAACAAGUUAAAUUGAAAGAGUCAAAUAAGAAGCGUGAAAGGGCACGUGAAGAAUAUGAGAAGACUCAGACUAGAUUACAAACAAUCGAGAGCCGAUACAAAACCGCCAAAGACGAAGCUCGACGACAAAAAGUGAUGAAAAAGAAGAACAUGAAAGAAAAGCGUAAGCUCAAGGAACAGCUCACAAAUGAAAUCACGAUGCUCUCUCUGUCCUUGGGAAUUAGUCCCGUUUAAAUUCUGUCCAUUCUCAUAAUUUCCAAUUCAUUAACAAAAAAACUGAUCUCAUGUAUCAAUGAACAAAAAAUCUGUAAUAGAGACCAAAGAAAAUAUUUUUAUUAAGAAUCGAGUACAAAUUCCAUAACAUUAUAAAUGGAAAUAAAAUGUUCAGCCAAAUGAUGUUAA